CGAGUCAUCAUCCAUCUGUCGGCAGCUCUUCACUUGAACAUGCUCAGGUCCAGCGCGAGACUGUCAGCGCGGACGAAGGCACUGCAGCGCUGCACAUGUAGGCCUGCGCAAGUCAGAGCGCAAGUGCCACUACUAGUCAGCUCGUCGUCGGUUUCGGCACGCCAACAGCGCUCAUUCACAAGCUCCUCAGUCAUGGCGCAGUCUGCCGUGCCACCCUAUAGAUUGGAUCCCCCCUCGAUUGCCGAAGAAGAGUCGCAGUUCGCGGCUACGGUACAGUCUAUCAAGGAUUGGUGGGCGACGCCGAGGUUCGCAGGUACGAAGCGAACGUACACCGCCGAAGAAGUAGCGAGCAAGCGAGGUUCACUGCCCGUCUCCCCGCUCAAUUCGGCCAACAUCUCUGCUCAAAAGCUCUUUGCGCUCUUCUCCCGAGCGGCACAGCAGGGCAAGCCCGUGCACACGAUGGGCGCGAUAGAUCCAGUCCAACAGUCCCAAAUGGCAGCACAUCAAGAGGUCGUCUACGUCAGUGGCUGGGCUUGCUCGAGCGUACUGACAACGGGCUUCAACGAGGUUGGUCCGGAUCUUGGCGACUAUCCGUAUACAACGGUGCCGAAUCAAGUGCAGAGACUCGUGAAAGCCCAGCAAUUGCACGAUCGCAAGCUUCUCGACGAACGCUUCUCCAAGACACGAGAGGAGCGAGAGAAGCUGCCAUAUGUAGACUAUCUGCGUCCCAUCAUCGCAGAUGGUGAUACAGGUCACGGCGGGCUUUCGGCAGUCAUGAAGCUCGCCAAAGCGUUUGGAGAAGCCGGCGUCAGUGCGGUCCAUUUCGAGGAUCAACUACAUGGUGGCAAGAAGUGCGGUCACCAAGCAGGCAAAGUUCUUGUGCCCUUUUCGGAGCAUGUCAGUCGUCUGGCAGCGGCACGGAUGCAAUGGGACAUCAUGGGCCUCGAGACGCUUCUCAUCGCUCGGACGGAUGCAGAGAGUGCAAAGCUUAUCAGCUCCUCUGCCGAUAUACGCGACCACGAGUUCAUGCUUGGCGUCGAGCUGGAAGGCAAGGAGGAUCUCAAGCCUAUGGCCGAAGAAAUCGCAACCGCAGAACGAGAUGGCAAAUCAGGCCCAGAGAUUGAUGCAAUCGAAGUGAACUGGACCAAGAAGGUCGAGCUCGUCACCUUCCACGAUGCCGUCAAGCGAGCAAUCGAUUCAGAGGCCAACAUUCUCGAUAAGGAGUCCGCCUACCAAACCUAUCUAGCUGGGACCAAAGGAUUGGGCCUGUCUAUUCGUGACCUGCGAGCUGCUGCUAAAGCGGUUCUGCGGCGAGAAGUGCUGUGGGACUGGGAUCUGCCUCGCACGCGCGAAGGCUACUAUCACUACAAUGGCGGCGUCGAAGCUGCUCUCGCCCGUGUGCUUGCAUUCGCGCCUUAUGCCGACAUGCUCUGGCUGGAGACGAAAAGCCCCGAUCUCAAGCAGGCCACUGGCUUCGCUCGGCAGAUUCGUUCGGCAUAUCCUGAAAAAUGGCUCGUUUACAAUCUAUCGCCGUCGUUCAAUUGGGCUGCGCAUGGCUUCUCAGAUCAAGACUUGAAAAACUUCAUCUGGGAUCUCGGCAAGGAAGGCUUCGUCCUGCAACUGAUCUCGCUGGCCGGCUUGCACACUGGCGCGACUAUCACUUGCGAGCUCGCACGACGAUACAAGACCGACGGCAUGCUCGCCUAUGUUGAGCUCGUGCAGCGAAGAGAGAAGGAGCUUGGCGUCGACGUGCUCACCCAUCAGAAGUGGAGCGGCGCUUCGAUGAUCGAUCGCAUCCUCCAGUCCGUCUCUGCAGGCUCAAGCGCGACAGCUGCGUCGGGCAAAGACUCAACAGAAGGCUCCUUUCACUGAUUCUAUCAACCACACUAGAUUGCAUCUUUGCUUUGUACCAGACUAGCGAAGAAGUGUGACAGACGCGUCAUGCCACU